UAAGUAUCACAAAGACACGAGGGAGAACAAGCAAAGCGAGCGAGAAAAAAGAAAAGCAGCAAACCGGGAACAACUCAAAUCCCUGAGCUGAAAAAUGGAAGUGGAGGUCGACGAUAAGGAGCUGAAAGCCGCCGGAGCCGAGCCUUUGACCGACGGGCGAUACGGCCUCCGUAUCCAUGUCUGGGACAUCGAGUCCCGCAAGCGCUCAAUUCUCAGCUCCUCCAAUACCGAACUGUGGGAGCAAAAGCUACAUACUUGUCACUUGCCGGAGAUGGUGUUUGGGGACAGUGGAUUGUUCCUGGAGCAUGUGAAGAGCGGCGCCACGAUUCACUUCAAUUCGUUUGAUGCUCUGGUGGGGUGGAAGAAGGAAGCUUUGCCGCCGGUUGAAGUCCCAGCUGCUGCUCAAUGGAAAUUCCGAACAUUGAAAGAGGAGAGAUCUCUAAGGAGACCAGAAAUCUCCAAUGGGAGGACUGAAGAAAAAAUUGAUGUAGUUGCAUUGGCUUCGAAAGAGCCUAUUCUCUUUUAUGAUGAGGUAGUUUUGUAUGAAGAUGAAUUGGCUGAUAUUGGAGUGUCACUUUUAACAGUAAAAGUUCUUAGAGUUGAUGGGGCGCUAAUGAGACUACGGGACACUCGAAUGCAUUGUUCUUUUAGUGAUGAUGCAAAUCCCAUUAUUCUUCGAGAAAGGUGCUGGAGAGAAGCCACAUUUCAGGCUUUAUCUGCAGUGGGUUGCUUAAGAAAUCCAUCAAGGAUCAAUCAUUCAGAUUCUUCAUUGGCAGAUGGAGUUUAUAUCAUACAAUCCUUCCUGUUUCGAGCUUCCAUGCAUGAUUAGAUUUUGUCAUGUGUUCAUAAAUAGCCGAAAACAAAAGUAACACUAUCAAAAUUUUUACAAGAUAAGCAAAGUAACACUAUCAAAAGUAACACUAUCAAAAUUCUGAACUAGGGAUUUUAUCCCGUUGACUUAUGGAUGAAAUUGUCUUCAUGUCAAGCUUUCAUUCUUACUCAGCUAAGGAGCACGGAUACGGCAGUGUUGUCAUGUAUCCCGUAUCAGAUACUUGAUUGUAUACGAUAUGCCUCGUAUACGUAUCUAGGUCAACAGAUACAGCUUUGACGGACAUGUAUGGGUGUCAAUCCCCUCAUGGUACGGUGGAUUCGGGUAUCCGUCUGUUGUUUAUGCAUACAAAAACGACACCACAAUCUUUCUUUUCUUGGGUUUAAAUGGGGCCUAAAGCCCAACAACCAGAACAAAACCAUAGCCCACCGGAUGUAGACCACCACGUCCUACUUUUUUACAGUUUUAUAACUAAUCAAAUUUUUAUCUCACUAAAAGUAUAAUCUAAAUAUAUAUUUUUAUUGCCGUAUCGUAUUCUAGUUUUUACAAAUUAGUUGUCUCGCCAUGUAAUGUGGUAUCGUAUUUUACCAUAUAUUCGUAUUUGUAUUAAUGCUUCAUGGCUACUCAGGUGCCUUGUGGUAAUAAAAAGGAGUUAAUAUUUUUUUCGGUCAUUCAAAGAAGUUAAUAUUUUGUCUUAAAGACUGAAUAUAAUAGCAGCGGGAGAAAGUUUUUUUAUGGUCUUCACUAUGGGCUUCUGGUUUCUAUAGAUUUUAUAACUCGUCUUUUUCAGUUUUAGGCUUGAUUGGAAAGCUGUCUUUUUAGGGAACUUUAUUUUGGCUUGCUGUGUGUUUUCUUAUUUUUACCCUUGUGGACAUCUUGUUCGGCGGAUCCAGGAUUUUAAACUUGAGAGGUCCCAAUAAUAAAGGUCAAAAAAAUUUAUAAAUAAAAAUAACAUUGAAAAGAUAAUACAUUUCAUUCAAAGUGUAUGGGAACUCAUACUUUGUAGGCCUACAAGGUUCCAUUUGCAAAUAUGCUCUUCAGACCUCAUCUUAAAUAUUAGAAGGAUAGUCCUUCAUUCGAAUUCUUUUUCCCAGGUCUCUCUCAAGAUUAUUAAAAUCAAUGUCACACUCAUUUUGUCUUGAGCUCGAACUAUCCGAACAAGUAAAUGGUGCUAUUGGCUUUGGCUUGAAAAUUUUUUCCAUAUUUCUUAUUCUAAACUACACAUUUAACCAAAAACACAAAACAAAUACCAAUCAACCAAUAAACAAAAAUUCCAUCCAAAUUUCAAUUAUAAAAUGAGUAUACAAACAUAAAACAUAUCAACAAUCAUAUCAAUAAUAGACUAAAAAUAUCCACCAAUAUCUAAUAUAAUUUAAUUGAGAUUAGAUUAGAAUACCAAAAAACUUAAUUGAAUUUUGAACCAAAUAGUGAUGGCUUGGAGAAUUGAAACAAGUGAAUGUAUGAUAUUGAAGUAAUGUAAUUAUAAUACGGGAUUGAGUGGGAUUAUAAAUUUAGGGUUUUGGGUGAAUAUAGGAAAGAUGGGGAUUAGGGGGGGGAAAAGUAGAGGAACGGAACGGGGAUAGGAAAGGGACUCUCUGGAAAGACGGCCCAUGUGGGGCUAGGCAUAUAGAAUCAUGGACAAUUGACAAACGGCACCGUUUGUCUCAUUAGCUUUUAACAAAAACAAAAACAAAAAAGGCCAAAACACUACGUUUUGGACCAACUUUUUAAAAAACCCUGUUUUCUUUCUUCUCCCCCGCAACCCCGCUGUCUUCUUCUCUGUUGCAAGCUGCAAGCUGCAACCUGCAGCACAGACCUCGUGUUCUCGUCGAGGGGUCCCCCAGAAAAAUUAUAGCAGCAUUUUAGGAUCGCCGAGGGGUCCUGGGACCUCCCUGGUCCCUCUGUGGAUCUGCCUCUGCACAUGUAUUUUUUUGCCGUGCACAAUCCAGUUCUUUAACUGGUAGUUGUCUUCAUUUCUGUUGUAUCCUAUAGACUUCAGAUGGUUAGUUAACUGAUUCUGAAUAAACUAACCAAUGCCAUUUUUUUUUUUCGUCUGAAGGGUAUUUGCUUUCCAACAGUUCCUACUAGUGACUUUAUCAUUCUUCCUCUUGUUGGCCCCUUUCUUAGUGGUAAUGUCAAAAGAAACAAAUUUUGUUUUGCGUAAAGUGUUUUCUUUUCUCAUUUCUCAAUUAAGUGGUGCUUACAAUGAUCCAAGCAUCAUCAGCCAAAGGCUUCCUGUGAUCAUGCGUAUGACCCAAAAGCUAAAGGUACCUGGUAAUAUGUAAGGCUGUAAAUUGUCUCCCUGCAAGAGUUCUUUUUACCUUUGUUGCUGGGUUCUAUUGAAUGUAAACUUUUCUUUUAACAUCCACAUAUUUCCUUACUCUUUGUCAUGUUUAAUAUGUUCUCUUAAUAAGUUGGAAAAGAAGAGAGAGAUAUUUGCACUUUAUGCAAAAUUCCUCUGACUAUCUUUAUACAAUGCUUCUAUUAUAAUGCUGUUGAUAUCAGAAAGCAAAAGCGAUAAAACAUGAAUUAGAAAUAUAUUUGCAAAAGUGAAACUUUGAUACGAGUCCAUUUAGAUCUUAGCUUAAACCCAAAAAAGCAGCUCAUUUGGAAAGACCAAUGCAGACUAGUCUAGAAUGUCCACUUACAAUUGCUCGCGUUUAUAUAGAUCAUUAAUUCAUACUCCGUGAGGAGUUCGAGAUAAGCUUAAGCAGAAGUGGAACUAAAUUAUUAUCUCAUUUCUAUUAUCAUAAGAAUAAUUUUAGCAUCAGAUUAUAUUUUAAGAAAGACGAUGAAAACUGUGUACUCUGGUAUUAAAUACUAGUCAAGGGAAUGAUUUUUGCACACCUUUGUCUCCUUCUGCACACCCUUGUUUAUUCCCAUCCAUUGAUUCUCCCUUGCUCUAUUCGAUCGAAAGGCUAGGAAUGAACGAGGGUGUUCAUCGGGAGAAAAGGGGGUGUGCAAAUCAUUUUCCGUAAAUCAAUUGUAGGAAAUGGUACAGGAAACCUGAUGAACGAAGGGAAUGCAUGUAACAAGUAGGCAUCACAAAUAAAUAUUUUUGUAUUUGACAUAUAGAAGUCCUUCUAGGAAAAGGGAAAUUGGGAUUUUUGAUGUCUUCGAAAGCACCUUUGUCGGUACCUGGUAGGAAAGACUUCAUUGGAAAGGUAGUGCUUGGGAUCUCAUUCUUUCUGUUUCUGGCAGGGUAUCAUGGAAAUUUGUGUUUAGCCAUCUAUUUGGUUGGAAAACAAAAGUUAGGCAGCACAUAGAGGCACUGAGGGUGGGGUUGGGAGAAGUAGCGCGCAUGUUAAGAGCGGAAGAAUUUCUUCAUUCUCAUAUUUAUCUGAUUCAUUGUGGAGGCUAAGGGAAUAAAGUUGUAUGAGUGCAAGACUCUUUUCUGUUUUGGAUAAUUGGGUUACAGUCUAGAUGUGCAGUCUUGACCUUGGCUACAACCUACUGAAACUUCACAUGCAUACAAAAUUUGUCACAAGUGUGUA